CCAAUCCCUCACCUAUCUUCUCCCCGCUGCUUUCUGACAAAACAUUCUUUAAACCCUAUAAAACCCCACUGCCACCAUUUUGCUAACCCCUGCCUUCCAACACUCAGUUCCCUUUCUCUCUUCCCAACCCUCCACCACCAACAAGUAGAGGAAAAAGAGAAAGAAAAAAGACAUCUUUUUUCUUAUUUUAACCAAAAAUGAACACAUCCAUUUUCCUCACAGCUAGCCCAUCCGUUGCCCAACCGAAAGUACUCUUCUCCCCGUUUCUUCCCCCAAACCCGCUCCGCCUUUCCACCACACUAGCUUACCACCAGAGCCAUCGCCGCCGCCGUUACCGUAUAUCCACAAUCCGCUCCGCCAGCAUACCCACCUCACUGUCCGCGUCAUCAUCUUCGGACCAGCCCAUCAAGGCCAUUAAACCGGAUGUAUUUGGGGGAAAGAAAGAGCUCACGGGCUUCCAAGCCCUGGUGGAUGCAAUGUCGCCGACUGUGAGAAUUGCAAGCUCAGCCCUUAUAUUUGCUGGUGCUAUUGCUGCUGGAUAUGGACUUGGGUCCAAGUUUGGUGGGUCCCGCAACGUGGCCAUGGGUGGGGCCGUGGCUCUUGGCACUGCCGGCGCUGGAGUGGCCUACGCAUUGAAUUCUUGCGUUCCUGAAGUUGCUGCUGUCAAUUUGCAUAAUUAUGUGGCUGAUUUUGAUGACCCUGCUGCCUUGAACAAGGAAGAUAUUGAAGCAAUAGCAAAUAGAUAUGGUAUUAGCAAACAAAAUGAAGCCUUCAAUGCAGAGCUUUGUGAUAUAUAUUGCAGAUAUUUAUCUUCCAUCCUUCCUCCGGGAAAUGAAGAUCUCAAAGGUGAUGAAGUUGAGACAAUCAUCAAGUUUAAGAAUGCAUUGGGUAUCGAUGAUCCAGAUGCAGCAGCUAUGCACAUGGAGAUUGGUAGGCGAAUUUUCAGACAAAGGCUUGAAACUGGAGACCGUGAUGCUGAUCUGGAGCAGCGUCGGGCAUUUCAGAAGUUGAUAUAUGUUUCAACUCUUGUGUUUGGGGAGGCAUCUUCUUUCCUUUUACCUUGGAAACGAGUUUUCAAAGUCACUGAUGCACAGGUUGAACUUGCUGUUAGAGACAAUGCACAGCGGUUGUAUGGCUUCAAGGUUAAAUCAAUUGGUCAAGAUGUUAAUGUUGACCAGCUGGUUGGCCUCAGAGAAGCACAGCUUGCGUAUCGGCUUUCAGAUGAGCUUGCUGAGGAUAUGUUUAAAGAGCUUACAAGGAAGCUUGUAGAGGAGAAUAUAUCAACUGCUCUUAACAUAUUAAAAUCCAGGACAAGAGCAUUGGAAGCAACUCGUAUUGUUGAAGAGCUCAAUAAGGUGCUGAAAUUUAAUAAUUUGCUUAUUUCGCUGAAGAACCAUCCUGAAGCCAACCGUUUUGCUCGGGGAGUUGGGCCAGUUUCUUUGUUAGGUGGGGAGUAUGACUCUGACAGAAAAAUAGAUGACCUAAAGCUCCUAUACAGAGCCUAUGUCUGGGACUCAUUAUCAAGCGGUCGGAUGGAAGAAGAUAAGCUCACUGCACUGAACCAGUUGAGGAAUAUUUUCGGUUUAGGUAUGCGAGAAGCAGAAUCCAUUAAACUGGAGGUUACCUCAAAAGUGUAUCGCAGGCAACUUGCUCAAGCUGUAUCUAGUGGUGAUUUAGCUGCUGCUGAUAGUAAAGCAGCUUAUCUUCAGAACCUCUGUGAAGAGUUGCAGUUUGCUGCGGAGAAGGCUGUUGAGAUCCAUGAAGAAAUCUACCGGCAAAAGCUUCAGCAAGCUGUAGCUGAUGGAGCACUAAGUGACGAGGAUGUUAAAGUGUUGGAAAAGUUACAGAUUAUGUUCUGCAUUCCAAGGGAAACAGUUGAAGCAGCUCAUGCAGACAUCUGUGGUAGCUUAUUUGAGAAGGUUGUUAAGGAAGCAAUUGCCGCUGGAGUCGAUGGAUAUGAUGCUGAAAUCAAGAAAUCCGUGAGAAAGGCUGCAUUUGGUUUACGCUUAACUAGAGAGGUUGCUAUGAAUAUAGCUAGCAAGGCAGUCCGUAAGAUCUUUAUUAGUUACAUCCAAAGAGCACGAGCAGCUGGUAGCCGAACGGAAUCUGCAAAAGAGCUCAAAAAGAUGAUUGCUUUCAACAGCUUGGUUGUGACAGAAUUAGUGGCAGAUAUUAAAGGCGAGUCAUCUGAUACUCCACCUGCAGAGCCCCCUGUGGAAAAGGAAGAAAAAGUGGUUGAUGAGGGCGAGGAUGAGGAAUGGGAGUUGUUGCAGUCACUUAGGAAAGUAAGACCUGGUAAAGAAAGUUUGGCAAAGAAAGGCCAGACAGAGAUAAACCUUAAAGAUGACCUACCAGAAAGGGACAGAACUGAUCUUUACAAGACAUAUCUGCUUUAUUGUAUAACUGGAGAAGUGACCAAUAUCCCUCUGGGUACCCAAUUCACCACAAAGAAGGAUGAUUCUGAAUAUGUAUUGCUGAACCAACUGGGAGGCAUACUUGGCUUGACUUCUAAGGAGAUUGUUGAAGUACAUAGAAGCUUAGCGGAGCAGGCCUUUAAGCAAAAAGCAGAGGUGAUUUUAGCAGAUGGACAAUUGACAAAAGCCCGAAUUGAGCAGCUCAACGAGUUGCAGAAGGAUGUUGGCCUGCCGCCUCAGUAUGCACAAAAGAUUAUUAAGGGCAUUACAACAACUAAAAUGGCAGCAGCUCUCGAAACAGCUGUUGCACAGGGGAGGCUUAGCAUAAAGGAAAUUAGGGAACUGAGAGAGGCUGGUGUUGAAUUGGAUACCAUGAUUUCUGAGAGCUUAAGAGAGAAUCUUUUCAAAAAAACUGUAGAUAGUAUUUUCUCAUCCGGUACUGGAGAGUUUGAUGAAGAGGAAGUGUAUGAGAAAAUUCCUAAAGAUCUAAACAUCAAUGUGGAGAAAGCUAAACGAGUUGUUCACGAUCUUGCACGGAGUAGAUUGUCAAAUUCACUUAUUCAAGCCGUGGCACUUCUUCGACAGAGAAAUCAUACUGGGGUGGCAUCCUCACUGAACGACUUGUUAGCCUGUGACAAGGCUGUUCCUUCUACCUCAUUAACAUGGGAGGUACCAGAGGAAUUGGCUGAUCUGUACGUCAUAUACCUGAAAAAUGAUCCAGCACCAGAAAAGUUGUCCAGAUUACAGUAUCUACUGAACAUAAGUGAUUCAACAGCAGAAGCUUUACAAGCAAUGAAGGAUAGAGCACUGCCAAAUGGAAAUGCUGCUGCUGGUGAGGAAGAGUUUGUAUUUUGAAGGGUCCAACCACGUUAGGUUGUGACCCUGAUUGAGUCACAUUAUUUCGCCCCUUUUUCCUUGUAGAUGGAAAGGAAAAGAUCACGAUUUUGUUUGCCCAUUAAUGGGUUAUAGGCUCGUAGUAAUUUCUUGGCUCGAGUUGAAAAUGGUUUGGGUUUGAAAUGAAAAGAAAAAGAAGAGCCUCAGCAUGCACUUGUCAAAUAUCCUCACCUUUUUUUUUUGGGGUUUCCCCUCUGUAAAUUAUAUAUUAUGACAAAUUUUUGGUAUGA